AUGUCUUAUCCAUCACUAAACAUCACAGUCUUUGUUGUUAGUCUCCUAGCAUCUUGCGUGGUUAUUUGCAGCGCUAUCCGUAAUCGCCGCUUCUUUUUCAUUCCAAAGGGACCAACCUUCGAGUUCAAGUAUAAUCCUAAAGAACUUAAAUGUCUCGGCGCAAACGCACAGAACCGCUCGAAGACACCCUACGUGCUCUUCAGUUCGCGUCAGCAUCAGUGGGAACAGGACUGGGGGGCCUCAAUGCCUCGGAUCAGUGUCACGGCCAUCACUGAUGCUGCGGCGACCAUUUGUCCUAUCGUUAAAGGGAAAGAUGACGCAGUGGAUGAUGUAGACCUUAUUCUUGCGGACCUAGAACCUCAGGAGAAACCUCCUAAGUGCCCCUGGGUACCACCAUGUGGAGCGGCAUUUGGGGCGAAGGCGGAAAGGAUGAAGGAGAAAAAGAAGAUGCGAUUAAGAGAUUCUACUAGUCAACCUCCACCGGGGGCCUAUGAUCUUAUCAAGGACACGAAAGCAACAAAAGCUAACCAUCUGGGUUCGGACCCAUGGACUCUUGCUGCAAUGGUUGAUCGUGCCCCCACCCCUAAGGAGGGCGUUGGACCCGCCUGCUACACCCUGAAGGCACCGAUGGAUCAGGAUCUAGAAGACCUUGAAAAACGAUUCCGUACUUUUGACUCGCUCUACGAAGAACGCCUGGCACCACUUAAACACGGUUAUUUUGCGAGAGAAAGGGUGGAUUAUCCGCCGACAGAAAAUACCAACGUCCCCUCCUUUGUGGAGAUAAUGCAGAGUGAAAGGAAUAAGAAGAGGGGAGUAUUUUCGAAAACGCCCAGGUUUCCAAAGAGGUAUGGAGAACGGUGCUGCCUUAAUGCACUGGGAUACAAUAUUGAUAAGGACACGCCAUUCACGGGACCGGGACGUUAUGACCCUUACAAGUAUGAAAAGAAGCCAGCCCACCGAUAUAGCGGUCUGGCAAAGGCAGCAGAGAGAAAAACAGAUCCAGAGAAGGAAAAAAAUUGGGCUGAUCGACUUCGGCCGACGAAAGCGACAAACAUGAAGGGAUGCGGCGAAUGCAAGGAGGUCUUUGAUGGAUCACACGUGAAACUCUGUUAA